AGAGUUGGUAAACAGCGUUUACCUCAUGGUGGAAGACGAGACACACUAUUUAGGCCUUUAGGGGACGAGGCAGCGUUGAAAAGACAACCAGACAUUCGCAAUUACUGGGGGUGUGAGGGAGACCCAUCAUGGCAGGCGACAUGAUGUUGGUGAUGCGUGGCUUGGCCAAGCUGAGCCAGUCCAUCAUGGAGACUCAGGCCAACACCCUGCGUAAUGGAGGAGCCCAGGCCAUGGCCCAGAGCAUGCAGAUGACUGCAGAGCAGAGCCUGGGAGUAGCCAUGCAGAAGAUGCAGGAGUUUGGUGGUCAGCAUCAGCAGAGUGCGUCUGAUGACUUCCCAGCAGACAUGGACAGCAAGUAUGACUUCUCUGGAGCAGAAGGGAGCAGCGUGGACAGUGGGGAACACGUGGGGUCAGGGUUCAGGGAUGAGGGGGGCAUCUCAUCGGAGGGGACGGAGAGCGCAGACGGAGUGACCAGCGGGAAGUACAAUGACCAGGUCUCAGUAAAAUCCAAGCUGUUUGAGGGCUACAAGGACCCUAGCAGCCAGUUCUCAGGACAGAUCCGUUCCUACCGCUCCUAUCACCAGGACAGCUCGGGGGUUGGAGGCCUCACGGCUGAGGACAUGGAGAAGGCCAGGGAGGCCAAGAGGAACGAGAAACCACACAAACAAAUGCUCAGUGAAAGAGCACGAGAGAGAAAGGUACCAGUGACACGGUUAGGGAGACUGGCCAAUUUUGGAGGUCUUGCUGUAGGGUUGGGCUUCGGAGCGCUGGCGGAGGUAGCCAAGAAGAGUAUGAGGCCAAGUGAGGAAAACGCUGACAAGAAGGCCGUUCUGGACUCCAGUCCGUUCCUGUCAGAGGCUAAUGCAGAGAGGAUCGUCAGGACACUGUGUAAGGUCCGCGGAGCCGCACUCAAACUGGGCCAGAUGCUCAGCAUUCAAGAUGAUGCCUUCAUCAACCCCCAGCUGGCCAAGAUCUUUGAGCGUGUGAGACAGAGUGCAGACUUCAUGCCCAUCAAACAGAUGACGAAGUCCAUCAAUAACGACCUGGGCCCUAACUGGAGAGACAAGCUGGAGUCGUUUGAGGAACGUCCGUUUGCUGCGGCCUCCAUCGGACAGGUUCAUCUAGCUAAGAUGAAGAACGGCAAGGAGGUGGCCAUGAAGAUCCAGUACCCCGGAGUGGCUAAGAGCAUCGACAGUGACGUCAACAACCUGAUGACCCUCCUCACCAUGAGCAACGCGCUGCCUGAAGGUCUCUUCCCUGAGCAUCUGAUUGAGGUGAUGAGCAGAGAGCUGGCGCUGGAAUGUGAUUACAUAAGAGAGGCCAAAUGUGCCAAGAAAUUCAAGGAGCUGCUGAAGGACCACCCGUUCUUCUACGUACCAGACGUAAUAGACGAGCUGAGCAGCAACGCCGUCCUCACCACAGAGCUGGUCCCCGGCUUCCCUCUGGACCAGGCUGAACAACUCUCCCAGGAACUCAAGAAUGAGAUCUGUGAGAAUAUCCUGAAGCUGUGUUUGAGGGAGCUGUUUGAGUUCAGAUACAUGCAGACUGACCCCAACUGGUCCAACUUCUUCUACGACCCGCAGACACACCGGGUUGCGUUGUUGGAUUUCGGAGCAACGAGAGGAUUUAGUGAAGACUUCACUGACAUCUACAUUGAGCUCAUCAAGUCUGCGGCAGAGGGAGACAGAGAGGGGGUUCUGAAGAGAUCAAGAGACAUGAAGUUCCUCACAGGUUAUGAGUCAAAGUCCAUGGAGAACGCCCAUGUGGACGCAGUGAUGAUCCUGGGUGAGGCCUUCGCCUCCACGGAGCCCUUUAACUUCGGGGCCCAGAGCACCACGGAGCGCAUCCACAACCUGAUCCCUGUGAUGCUGAAGCAGCGCCUCACCCCGCCCCCCGAGGAGACCUACUCCCUCCACCGCAAGAUGGGCGGCUCCUUCCUCAUCUGCUCCCGCCUUGACGCCAAACUCAGCUGCAAGAACAUGUUCCAGGAAGCCUAUAACAACUACUGGAGGGACCGCCCCAACUGACCAAGCCAGUGACGGACACUGCAGAGGGCCAAUCGCAGGGCUACGGCACCAGGGUUAGAGAGGGUGUGUGGACUAUAAGGGAGUGAUUUUGAACCAGCCUAGCCAGACUUGCUCUGCUGUGAAUUGAAUGUAUAUGAAUGGCACUUUGUUCCUCGUUCCUCCCCCGAAUCAGAAUCUGUAUAUUUUUUGUUGUUAUUCUGAGUAUAUUAACCAUGGCUGUCCAGUUAACAUAUUCACAAGAUGUAUGAGAUGGUUGGUUGUAUAGGUUGAGUUAACAGGGAUGAAUGCCAUGAUGUGUGUCUGAGAGAAUUGUAAAGCGAUUUUGAAAUCGAGACAGUUGGUUUCUUUUGACGUGGGGAUAUUAUACUAUCUAAUGGGCAUAAAACACAAGUGGUGAUGAGACACAAGUUAAUGUAUCGAAGAACAGUGACCUACUUACUGUUGAUGACCUAUAUUUUCCAGAAUGUGGCAGUAGUUUUAGUGUCCUAUGAGGACAAAACAAAUGCUUGUGAUGCAUACAGACGUGUGAAAGUGAGUUUAAGUUUUUAGUCACACUUACAGUGAGGGAAAAAAGUAUUUGAUCCCCUGCUGAUUUUCUACAUUUGCCCACUGACAAAGACAUGAU